UGAAUGGGAUUUGAAACGACGCUUAAGUACAUGUUGUGAAUGUCAUGGAAAUUCACAAGUUAUUUCUUUUGUUUACCAGCAGGGCGCGCCAUGACGCCACGUGAUAAGUCUCUCCCCGAGUGGGUGGACGACUUCCGGGUUGUUGUUUUGAUUUGAACCGAGGUUUCAACGGACGGGACGUGGAGGAACGUCUUCCCCUGACAUCAGAUGAGAUUAUCUAACGAUCCUAACCUUAGUUUCGAUCAUUGAUCCCUCAUACAGCAGGGCUCCAUUGUCCUCAGUGCUCACUGAUAUCUGUGUUCAUCACAUUUACAUCAGAAUAGAAGAAGCCCUCUAUAAUGCUAUUCCAACUCACCUCAGUGCUAAUAUCAGCCUGUCUGUAUUUACAGUUUCAUCUGAGACUUCCUGCCAUUUUCAAGUGCAAAAGAAACUUAAACACAAGACACAGGCAUAGUAAGGCCUCACUUGCUUUUAAGUACCCUGACCAUAUCAUAAGACCUCUCAUGGCCACGCCACAUCAACCAGACCGUGAAGAAGGCCAGGCAGCAAGGAACUUCUACAUCUGCACUAUUGAAAGCGUCAUGACUGGGAGCAUCACCACCUGGAUGGGUAGCUGCACUAAACAGUCACUUAUUGGCUCUGAAGAGAGUAGUCCGCUUGGCUGAGAGGACUAUAAGAACAGCACUUCCAGACAUGCAGGUCGAGAGCUCAGAGAAUCCUCGGUCAGCCCCACCACCCUGGACUUUCUCUCUUCUCCCUGUUACCAUCAGGACACCGGUUCCGCCUCUUGAGGACCAACACUGAGAGGAGGAGCUCAAGAACAGGAAGCAGCACCAUCAAUCUCACCACCAUUACGCCAGCCAUUCACAGAGGUGCACCAGCUAUGAAGACAGUGACAGGAGCCCGGAUGACAACCUCAGACACCGCUACCAUCCGAAUGUCCACGAUAUUCAUGGCAACCAUCAAUUCGACAGCCUUCCUCUGCACCACAAACACCAGUAUCGCCGGACGCAGAAUCACAAGCUGAUGUAUGAUCGUGAAAAGCAUGUGAGUCCAUGUCGGGCCUCUUCAUCCUCCCUCUCCUCGUCAUCUUCAUCAUCUUCGUUUUCCUCCUGGUACACGGAGACCAGUGCCAACGAGCCUUUCUCCGCUCGCAGUGCAGAUCGGCCGCAGCAUUCUCUGUCUUGUUCAAAUAUUGCAGAGGGGCGAAGAAUAUUUCGUGAUGAUGAGAGCCGCGAACCAAUAGUUUUUGCCACCAUCAAGCAUGGAAGCAACGCUUGUAGUGGAGAGAGCAAGCUACCGCGCGGCCGGCCGGUGUUGUCAACCCUGGAGCGGGGUCACAGCAGGAGUUUUGAGGGUUUGCAGGGCAAUGAUUGUUUUGAGCCAUCAGAAAAACCAGACUUCGGACCGCUUUAUAAGACGUCCAGCUUGAAUCGUAGUCUGGCUUUCAGUGAGGAGGACAUCAUGCUCGGAGCCUCACAAGGUCCCAAGAGAGCAGUGUCUUCUACGCUGCUUCCCAGCAAAGGUAUCCUCAAAAACAAAGCACCCAGUGGGGACGUCCGCAAGGCCAGGUCGAUGGAAGUCCUCUCACCAAGAGUCGCCAAAGAGCAAACUGACAGUGUAGAAAACAAACAGGCUGAGAUUGAACAGGCGCGAGAACAUUUCCUGCAGGGCAAAUUGAGAUUCUCUGCAUUUCUGGAUGAGAUCACAAAACAGGUCAUUAGCCCAUCUAAUCUUACGAUGUUGGGUGUCAAUAGUCCAACAUCUGCCCCGGCUCCAACAUCCGCCCCUGUCAAACCUCAGCUCCCUGUGAAAAAGAGCUCAAGAAACAAGGACAAAAACCCUCAGCAAAGCAAUGCGGAUCAAUGGCCUGGCAGCAGAGCUCAGAAGAAGACCAACACUUUGGACUCUGAUAAACUGGUCUGCUACGCAGCCAGGAACCACCAAGGCAGCCCCCCGCCUCAGCACUACUCUAGCAGCAGAAGUGCUCAACAUGGGAAAACUCGCAGAGAGAAGAGGCCGUCACCCCUGGGCAGCAGCAUGUCAGGGGACAGGCACGGCAGGUUCGGCCCUCACCUCACUGACGGGACCAGCACCAGCCCUGAAACCAUCCAGCCCAAGCACUGCUCCCUAAACACGCCGCACACGUCUGCCCCGCUCCAUCAGGGUCCACAGGGCCAUGCCAGCCUGAGCCAGCAGGGCUCCGGCACGUCCUCUCCUUUCUCUUCUGAAGGUGCUGGGAUUGGAUUUGGUUCUGAAUCGUCAUCGGUUAAAUCUGAUUCAUCCAGGGCCAAAGAUAAGACCAGCAAAGGAACCAGCACAGACCCCCACCUGCGUGCUGAGGCCUCCAAACUACAUGGGGAUACAGUGAAUGAGAUCAACCAUCUACAGGCUCUGCAGGAGGAGAACGCUGAUCUCCAGCAGAACCUGCUUCAGACGGUGGUUUGCAUCGAGAGUCUAGAGACGGAGCUGCAGAGGACCAGAGAUGAGCUCAGCAGUGUCAAGGAGAAAUAUAAAAGCCUGCUGGAGACUCACACUGGUACCAGACAGGCCAACAACAUCCUGGGGGAGCAUCUGCAUAUAGCGUCCGAGAGUCUGAACAACGAGAGGCGGUUUCUCCUGAACCAGGUGUCCCAGCUGAGUUCAGAGCUGGAGGACGCGCACAAGACCAUCGCGGCGCUGGAGAACAUAAAUGUGCCCUGUUUAAUUAAAGAGCUGCUGGAGAAGCACUGGAACACCACAGAGACCAUGCAGAAGUUCAUGGCGAUGAACGACGGUGGCACUGCUGCGCAUGCACCCACAGUGAACGGGGAAGUCCACAAAUGCGUGUCCAAAUCUGACGUGGGCCCUCAGAGGCCAACUGCCUUCAUGCCAUUCAGACAAGCACUGCCCACCCAAAGUGAAGAGAGUGAGCCCACUUACAACACCGACAUGAGCGAUGCCAUCUAUGAGAAUAUCGCAGCCAGACCGCAGCCCGUCUGCCCCAGCAAGUACACCGAGUCCUCCAGAAAUCCCACGCAGGUGUUUGGAGACCACCCUCAGCAGACUGGCGAGGAGGACAUUAAAGUCUCUCUGUUGGAGGAGGACGUAGUGCCUUUGACCUCGGUGUCAGCGCAGCACAUCCUGGAUGAGUUCAUGCAGCAGCUGCAAGGCCACCAGGCGGCUGGUGGGAUGACGGAGUGGGCAGGAAAAGCAGCAGACAGACAGCUUCAUCCCUCACAGUAUGAGUCUAUAUAGUGCUGCAAAAGCGUGUGCAGUUGUCAAAACACUGGUGUAAAUAUACAACAAGUCAGAAUGAGUCGAUGAUCUAUUCGUUCAUGACGUGGUCUGUGGGUAGAAAUUCAAUAAUAUGAUUAGCUGUGUUGCAUCUAUAUGCAUUUUAUUGUGAUAAAAUUAGUUUUACAGUAGUUGAUGUUAUGUGUUCAUUCAAAAAUUGGUUGCAGAAUUUUUGCAAAACUACUGAGAAUUGCUGAAAGUGAUUGUAUAUUUAGUGAUCUGAUCCCAAUUAUACAUAAGAAUUAGCACUAUAUAAAUGUGUCUUAAACCUAUCCAUCCAUUAAGUCAUAAUGAAUGAAAUGGAAUUAUACAUUGCAUUAUAAAUGAACAAAAAUCUGCAUUUUCCUGCUAAGUAAAAAGUAACGUUUUAAAUGUUGAGGUUCAUUAGAAUGUGGUAGAAGCCAAUAAAAUUAGGUGUUUCACCUUUCCCCCUUGAAUAGAUGAAACAGCAUGAUAAGCUUGA